AUGGAAUUUGAUUCUUAUACAGAUACAUAUGUGUACAAUUCCAAUCCUAAGGACUUGAGUGUUCUAGACUGUCUCAAGUAUCUGAAAGAUAAAUUAGUAUUCACAUCAGAUAGCAAACACGAUAUCCAGGAUGCGCUUACAAGAACGAUCGAAAGGGUUAUUGAUUCGCCUAUUGUACAGAUUGGGAUAAAGAAACGGUUAAGGAAAAUAUCCGAUAAUAUCAGUGGUACUUUUCGAAGAAACGAAAUUGAUGAGUUUUUUGCGGAAUUGGACAAGGAAUUUGAGGCAAGACAAAAUCAACGUAAUCUUGAAAGGUCUUUUGAUAAAAAUAGCUCCGAACUACUACAAAAGUCUGGUGAUUUAAAUACAUUAAAACUUAAAUCGCGUUAUAUAGAAACGUCUGCUGGAUUUUUUGAAAGGGGAGAAUCAACGUCUGAUCAAGGCACUUGUGCUUUAGGGAAAAGACGAGAUGUUAAUUUUAAUGAGGAACGAACGAUAAAGAAGCAAUAUCAAGUUAGAGAUACUACGCUUCCUCCACUUGAUAAAAACGAACAAGAUGCAGAUUUUGCUGUUGAACGAGAUACGGAUAAUAUGUAUUACCAGGAGCUGUCAUUAGUUGAGGUAAACGAGGGGUCUUAUGUAUGUGAAGUAAUUGCUCCGCUGAUAAAUAUUGUGAUGAAUGAUUUACCGGGAGAUCCGUCAACAUGGGCUAUAUGGGGUGAACAAGGAAGUUUAGCUAGUGCGACUAGGAAAGGCUCACGAAAAAUUGCACGAAGACCGGACUACAUGUUGCUAACUCAUUUAGGAAAAAAAGCAGAACUUGAAAUAUUUUACUUAGAAACUGACUCUGUUGAUACUACAAGGAGUGUUUCCAGUCUUCAAAGAAUAUUCAACAAAUCAAUUAUGAGACAACAACUGGCAAUCUUUACGAUUAAUGUUGCGGGAGACGUGCUGGAACUCUACGUUAUGCGUAAGGAAACGGAGUAUUGUAUACUAGAUCAAGCUUCGAUUCCUUUGCAUAUGGCAACUCCUAACGAUGUCUACAGACUUAUUCAUACGUUGCUAACUUUAAGGACUGCAGUUGCAUGCACGUUAUAUAAGAUCCUUCAUAAGUCUGAAGAAGGAGAUAGCGAUUUUAGUGCUGAAGAAAGUCCAAUUACUGUAAAGACGCCUAAAG